UCAGCCGGACUGUCCGUCCUGAGUUGAGGUCCCGAACCCAUCAGUACCAAGGGAGGGACGGGUGCAUGAGUCGGGGGAAAAGGGGCCUCUGCCUCUCCAUCCUGUAGUGGAAAACGGGGCCGUCAACAUUAACGCCACAAUGAGCUCGGAGCAACCGAGCGAUAACAACCACCCUGAAGAGUCACAGGCUAGCCGCAUCCGCGAGUUUGAAGAACUGUUUGAAGAGGAAGAGAGUGAUGAAGAGGAGGACAAGGAGCAGUCCAGACAGUCUUCCCCGGACAGUAGUCGCGAGAGUACCCGGUUACAGGGUAGCUCGAGACCCAAGUCAGCGGCAGAAGGCUCGUCAAGAAGCGCAUUCUCCGUGUUGGGUGUGUGUGACUCUCUCUUCUCCUGGAUAUGGAACCGAACUGUCCGCAGAGGCCCGUUCGUUGAUCCGGCCCGAGAUAACUUCCGUACAAUGACGCGCCUAUAUUCAUCAAUGAGCCCAGCGGCAGAUUCUGUUAACCUGAGUACACAGACCCACGGCGCUGUCUUUAACCUCGAGUACUCACCAGACGGGUCGGUGCUAACGGUGGCUUGUGAGCAGACUGAGGUGCUGUUGUUUGACCCCGUUUCCUCCAAGCACAUCAAAACCUUGGUAGAGGCACACGAGGAUUGCGUCAACAACAUCAGGUUUCUGGAUAACCGGCUGUUUGCUACCUGCUCCGAUGAUACCACAAUUGCAUUAUGGGACUUGCGGAAGCUCAACUCGAAAGUGUGUUCACUGCAUGGCCAUGCCAGCUGGGUGAAGAACAUUGAGUACGACACACACACACGUCUGCUCGUCACCUCUGGCUUUGAUGGCAAUGUCAUCACAUGGGACACCAACAGGUUCACAGAAGACGGCUGUCCUCAUAAAAAGUUCUUCCACACACGGUAUCUAAUGCGGAUGCGUUUGACCCCAGACUGUAGUAAGAUGUUGAUCUCCACCUCCUCUGGUUACCUGCUCAUCCUACACGACCUUGAUCUGACCCAGAGCCUAGAAGUCGGCAGCUAUCGCAUUUUACGAACUCGCAGAAAUCCGUUAAACACAGAGGGUUCUUCAUCUGGGUCCAGGUCUACAGCAUCUCGCCAAGGAAGCGAUACUAAACUGCACCCCCACAGAGAAGGUUUGUCUCCCAGGAACAGCCUGGAGGUAUUGACCCCAGAGAUCCCCGGCGAGAGAGACCGUGGGAACUGCAUCACCUCCCUGCAACUGCAUCCUAAAGGCUGGGCCACGCUGCUCCGUUGUUCUAGCAACAUGGAUGACCAGGAGUGGACGUGUGUGUAUGAGUUCCAGGAGGGAGCCCCGCCCCGUCCCCCGGUCUCACCGCGCUGCUCCCUGCGGCUCACGCACUACAUAGAGGAGGCCAACGUGGGCCGGGGCUACAUUAAAGAGCUGUGUUUCAGCCCGGACGGUCGUCUCAUCUGCUCGCCUUACGGUUACGGCGUUCGCUUGCUGGCCUUCGACGACCACUGCGCAGAGCUGGCCGACUGCUUGCCCGUACGCACGGCCCUCCUGAGGGAGGUGCGCUCCAUCUACUCCCACAGCGACGUGGUGCUCACUUCCAAGUUCUCCCCAACACACUGCCAGCUGGCCUCAGGCUGCCUCAGCGGACGUGUGGCUCUCUACCAGCCACAUUUCUAAACACACACACACAUACAAACACACACACACACACACACACACAAUGGAGUGUGCAGUACACUCUUCCCCAAAGUCUCAGCCGUGAUCUAUAAGGCUGUGUUCACUUAGUCAGUCCAAAUCUGAUUUAUGUGCAUAUCCGAUUGGAAUCCGGUCAUAUGUAGCAAGUCUGAACAGGCAAAAAACAGGCGUUGGGACAGUGAUACCGGCGGUGACGGCCGCGCGAAAUAAAGUUGCAAGCCUCCUCCCUCUCUGACGCCGUCUCCUUAUUUUUUAAAAUAAAAUUUGCGCUGCGGCUCCACGUUGCCAGGUUUUAAAUAAGCAAGCCCGUUUCAUUACCCUCCACUUUAGUUUGUUUAUAUCAGCUGCUUCUACUUUCAGACACAAUGUCAUUACCAUAGCAACCAAUGUGAACAAGACAGAAAAUGAGGAUAGCCACCCGGACACACACGUCGGAACUGAUCACUUGCAAUAUACACUGCGAACAGUCAAUCAGGAAGAUCGGAUUCUGAUCGGAUAUGCAAAAAAUCGGAUUUGGACCGACAGUGUGAACCUAGCCUAAAGACCAGCGCGGGCAAGAUAGAUAUCGUGUCGGUUUGGCAGAUCUUAAUGGUGGACAGUGGGGUUCAGCCGGUCCUUGUGUGUUACGUGUGGGUGUUGCAGCGUGUUAUUUGUAUGUAUAAUGUAUAGAAUCGGUGAGCUUGCGUGUGUGUUGCUGUGUUGGGGUCAUCCAUUUUCAACUCGGUCAAUAUACAAAAUGAACUGAAAUAUUCUAUCCAAGCAAAAAUGAAAAAAAAAAACAAACUGUAAGUGUUUUACAGUUAAAUGCUUGACUUUCGGUUCAUUCUUUGAACUGAUGGAAUUGAGUCAAUCUCAACUAUGGUGUGUGCAUAUAUGUAUGUAUGUGUGUGUGUGAGUGUGAGUCUUUAUAUAUUUGAGCCAGUUUUAGAUGAAAUGUUUGUUUGUGUUUGUCCUUCUGACUACAUCAGCUCUUAAACUUACAUUGCUAGUGAAUAGAUUGAAUUCCAAAAGGAACAGCGUUUAAUUGCCACUCAGUAUGUGUUUGAGUGAACAAGGAAAAGGAAUGUGGCCACAUGUUUGAUGCUCAGUGUUUCUCCAGAUGUUGCUAUGGGAGAGUGGAGUUCAACCCUUUUCCGGGCAUUACAGCUAGAGACAUCUGAGUCCAGAGUGUUGGUGUAGACUACAGCAUUCUAAUUUCAGCAGUGCACUAACUGCGGACUGUUCUAGAAUUUCUUCUUUUUUUUUUUUGUUUUUUUCUAUGGGUUCUGUAGUGUGCUUUGUUCAUUCUCAUUAGCAAUGGAGCGUUAAGGAUAUAAUUGUCAAAUCAAAUUUGGGAGACAAAUGUGUUUCACGAAAUUAAAGCUUUCUGCGUUUUGCCAAACUCGUUAACUACGUAACAGCAUCUGCAGACAGACGGCGUGCGUUUGUUCCUCUGUAUCCUCCUAAGGAGCUUGAGUAUUCACUGAAGAUCUGUUAUUUGUUUUCCAGUUUUCAUCGUUCGACUUUUUAAUGUUUUGAUGGACGGAUUUGUUCCGUACAAUGACACUAACGGAAGUUGGGUUUUGGCAGAGCCCGCAGUCUGGUUUUGUCCCUCCGCGUGCGCACGUGUGUACUGGAAAGACAAGUUCACUGCUAAAUGACCCUCCUCUUUUGUCCGAAACAAUGACUGACUGUGCUUCCUCUGCACACAUGUACUUAAACGGGGCACAGAGAAUAAGCACUGAAACCUUAACUCCAUGAUUCAUACUCACAGCUGGUGUUUUUCCACAUCUCUGAAACACAUACUUUGCCUGAUAAGAUGAAUGCUGCAACUGCCAUAUUCUGUAUGCUUUGAGCAAAAAAAAAAAAAAAAAAGAGAGAAGGAAAAGGAUUGUGGGAGAUUGAGUUUUGUUACACGCAGCUGAGACUGAAAGAAAAGCACGUUGGACAGCAAAAAACAUUCUGAAGUUUUAAGAGAAGAAAAAAGAAGGAAGAACGUCGGCUCAACAUCACUGAGACAGGCUGAACUUUUCUUUGAUGCUUGUGCCUGUCAUGUUUUAAGACAGUGGAGGAAAUGUCUUUAAAAAAAAAAGAAAAGAAAAUGGUGAAUGAUUGUACGACUAAAACUUGAUCAUUAUUAUGGCCUGCUGUCAUUUUGCUCAUUCUUAAAUAGUCAUCAUCUUAACCUUACUAAAAUGCAGCGGUACACAUCGGACAAUUAAUAAAGUUUAAUCUCAGUUUUCAA